AUGAGUAGAGACGCGAAGAUACAAGGAUUAAAAGAAUAUGGAGUAUAUAGAAAAAGUGAGGAAAAAACAGCAUCGCAGAUAGCUACUACAAGAGAUAGAGACAUUGAGAAUACAAAGGAAAAAAAAUAA